AUGGCGGCUUUUGAGCCUACAGCAGAUGUCUGUGGCUCGGAGGUUCAGUUCCUCAUCAGUGACCGUGACCCGCAGUGCAACCUCCACUGCUCCAGGACCCAGCCCAAACCCAUCUGUGCCUCCGAUGGCAGGUCCUACGAGUCCAUGUGUGAGUACCAGCGAGCCAAGUGCAGAGACCCGACCCUGGGUGUGGUACAUCGCGGCAGAUGCAAAGACGCUGGCCAGAGCAAGUGUCGCCUGGAGCGAGCGCAGGCCCUAGAGCAAGCCAAGAAGCCCCAGGAGGCGGUGUUUGUCCCGGAGUGCAGCGAGGAUGGCUCUUUUACCCAGGUGCAGUGCCAUACUUACACAGGGUACUGCUGGUGUGUCACCCCAGAUGGGAAGCCCAUCAGUGGCUCUUCUGUGCAGAAUAAAACUCCUGUAUGUUCAGGUUCAGUCACCGACAAGCCCUUGAGCCAGGGUAACUCAGGAAGGAAAGAUGACGGGUCUAAGCCGACACCCACGAUGGAGACUCAGCCAGUAUUCGAUGGAGAUGAAAUUACGGCCCCCACUCUAUGGAUUAAGCACUUGGUAAUCAAGGACUCCAAACUGAACAACACCAAUGUAAGAAAUUCAGAGAAGGUCCAUUCGUGUGACCAGGAGAGGCAGAGUGCCCUGGAAGAGGCCAGGCAGAAUCCCCGGGAGGGCAUCGUCAUCCCUGAGUGCGCCCCCGGGGGCCUCUACAAGCCAGUGCAGUGCCACCAGUCCACUGGCUACUGCUGGUGUGUGCUAGUCGACACAGGGCGCCCACUGCCCGGGACCUCCACACGCUACGUGAUGCCCAGCUGUGAGAGCGACGCCAGGGCCAAGAGUGCAGAGGUGGACGAUCCCUUCAAGGACAGGGAGCUGCCAGGGUGUCCAGAAGGGAAGAAAAUGGAAUUUAUCACCAGCCUCCUGGAUGCCCUCACCACCGACAUGGUGCAGGCCAUUAACUCAGCAGCGCCUACUGGAGGUGGGAGGUUUUCAGAACCAGAUCCCAGCCACACGCUGGAGGAGCGAGUGGUGCACUGGUACUUCAGCCAGUUGGACAGCAACAGCAGCAAUGACAUUAACAAGCGGGAGAUGAAGCCCUUCAAGCGUUACGUGAAGAAGAAAGCCAAGCCCAAGAAGUGUGCCCGGCGUUUCACUGACUACUGUGACCUGAACAAGGACAAGGUCAUCUCACUGCCUGAGCUGAAGGGCUGCCUGGGUGUUAGCAAAGAAGGUGGUAGUGUUGGCAGCUUCCCCCAGGAAAAAUGAGCUUGCUCCUUCCACAGAAGCAAGACUAUGGAGUUUUUCUCCAUCUUCAUGGAGCCGGCCUGGCCCGACACAUGGAGGGAUGGCAUGGUGGCCUUGGUCUGA